AUGGGCUCUCCGCCGGCCUUUGGCGCGCUGGGCGCAAUGUUCACCACGAUGAGGCUUCUGCAGGCAGUUUCGCUCGUCUCCAUCAUUGGCCUCACGAGCAACUUUGUUGCGGAGCUGGUCUCGAGUGAUUUCUCUACCCCUUCUGCCCUGGUUGGCACACUGGUUGUUGCCUGUCUGGCUACGGUAUACAUCCUCAUCAGCUACAUCCUCUACUGGGAUCACAUGCUCCCCCUCCUCGUCGCCACCGCAGCAGACACCCUCUGCUUCAUCGCCUCCAUCAUCGUAGCCUGUGUCCUCGGCAGGCCCGUGAGCUACCUCAACUGCAGCGCGUUCCCCAAAAAGGGCAACACAGGCAACUUCAUCUACUCGCUCUUCGCCAACGUCAAGCACUCUUCAUCCAAUACAUUCGAAUGGGUCGAUCCCAGCAAGACGUCGUGCUAUGAAAUCAAGGCCAUCUGGGGCCUGUCCAUCGCAACCUCCAUCCUCUUCUUCAUGUCCGCCGUCGCCGCAAUCUGCCUGUGGAAGCGCGUCAAGGGAGGGUACGGCUGCCGCGAAGAUGGCUUCUCGGGGGUGCCUCCGACGCCAAAUGUCCUGCACAAGGCCCGCAGCCUUGGGACAAUGGCCAUGUCGAGGACACAGCACCAGGACGGGCGGUCACUGUAUGACGGCGACGAGGACCUCGACAUGAACGUCCCCGUCCCGCUGUUCAACAACGACCGCCAUCCUUACUUCCCCCCGCCUCCCGCGGCAGCGAAAAAGACGAAGCGUAGAGUCAGGCAUCCUGUUGAGGAGAUGCCGCCGCUACCACCACUGCCGGCCGCCUACAUCACUCAAAGGUCGCCGGUUCCACCAGUUCCACCAAUGCCUCCGUCUCCCCCGUCGUCUCAUCUCAAUGUGCCUCUCGCGAGUCCCAUGUCGGCGACGAGCAAAACGAAGCGCAAGACGCUUCUGCAGCACAUAAGCGGCUGGUGGGACUUGGGAUUAAUGGAGAAGAGACAGACGUUGGUAGGAGGGAAAUCUGGAUAGAGUUUUUCUCUGGUUCGACUGCAUAUAAUAAAAUUAAAACUUAAUGUCUGGAAAAGGGGUGGUUUGGUUAUACAGCACACACCCAGCGUGUGGAUCAGAAUCAGCACAUGUUUUGCAUUGGGCAAUUGCCACCUUGGCGGGGAAAAAAGGAAAAUCAAAUGAAAAACCUCUUAAUACAUGUAUUCGGUAGUUGGAAAUUAAGUUCACCGAUAGAUUCUCAUAUAUGGAAUAUACAAACAUGGCACAUGCAAAACCAAGCAGUAACGUGAUUAAAAAAACAAGCCUUGGUGGCCACGCAGCCGUCG